GAAGCAACUUCACAAAGCACCAAACAUCUUCACUUCUGAACCAUAACCCAAGAGCACUAGCUUCCACUUCACUUUUUCCCAAUUUCAACAUGGCCAAUGUAGUGGUAUCGGCUGUUAACACUAUUUUUGGUGGUGGCAAUAAAGAACAACCCAAUAAAGCUGCUCACAACCCAUUAACCUUAUCUGAUGAUCAGAUUUUGGAGGAGAUUUACUCAACCCAUGUUCACAGUGAUGCUAAGUUUGAUGUGAACUCUCUUUUCUCCGUUGUUGACAACAUUGUUGAGCGUUCAACUCGAAUUGCUGAUAACGUUGUGCAAGGAAGCCAUGGAAGCCCGGAACAGACAGAUAUCAAGACUCCCUCAGCUAAUUUUACCUCACCAUUGUGUACUUUGAAGCAAAUUAAUUCUGAGCUAUCCUGCAAGCCUCCAGGUGAGGAAAUUGCUCAUGAGACAACACUAGCAAUCCUCAACAAGCUCUCAACCUAUUCUUGGGUUGCUAAACCAUUGCUCACACUUGGUGCUUUUGCACUUGAAUAUGGAGAGUUCUGGUUCCUUUCUCUGCAUCAGCAAACUGAACCACUUGCUAAAUCACUAGCCAUAAUCAAGCGAGUACCUGAACUUACCAAGCCUUCAUCCCUGAAGACACACCGCAAUGCCAUUCUGGAGAUCAACAAUCUGGUCACCGCCACAUGGCAGGUGAUCAAGCUCAUCUUUGAGUUGGACAACCUUAAUCUCACUUAUGAUGAGAAGGAUGUGCCAUCUUUGGAACUAGCAUUGGAGCAAAUUCCAGUUGAUGCCUAUUGGGUUAUCAUCACGGUCGCAGCAAUUGCUACUCAGAUUGAUCUCCUCACUACUAAUUCGGACAAGAAGCAAGAACUGUCUCAAUUUGGGCAAAAGAUUAACAUCAUACUUAGCAAAUUGAGAAAGUAUAAGCAACAAUGCGAGAAAGAAAUUGAGGAAGCAGAGUAUAACAAGAUACUCGUGAAACUCUUCCAGACCCCUACUGAAGUUAUUGAAGUGUUAAAGGUGCUGUUUUUCUGGAAGGACGUUCCCAAGACCCCCAUCUAUGACGGUGCUACUAAAACACUGGUUAGCAUUGAAGCACUGAAAAAGAAGGAUGUGUUCUUGUUCUUUUCAACCCUGGACAUUACCAUAGAAGAAAUCUCUAUUUUCAAUCCAGUUUAUGAUCACAUAACAAAAUCAAAAAAACCACACAAAAUUGUAUGGAUUCCCAUUGUGGAGGAGUGGAAUGAUCAGCUGAAGAAUAAAUUUGAGUCUCUCAAGGCCAAAAUGCCCUGGUAUGUGUUGCAGCACUUUGCACCUAUCAAGGGCAUCAAGUACAUAAAGGAGAAAUGGCAAUUCAAGAAGCAGCCUAUGGUUGUGGUGCUGAGCCCUCAAGGGAAGGUGCAGCACACAAACGCUUUCCACAUGAUUCAGGUUUGGGGGAUCAAAGGCUUCCCUUUCACUCAAGACAUUGAAGUUAAUAUAGGCAAACAAAUCAUCUGGAUUGAUUCCCUGCUGGUUGACUUUGGUGUAGAGAUAAAUACUUGGGUGAAGGAGGAAAAAUACGUCUUCAUCUAUGGAGGGAAGAACAAGGACUGGAUUCAAGAGUUCAAUAAACUUGCUUCAACCUUUGCAAUUGAGCUCAACAAGGAAGCCAAGAUUCCAAUUGGUCUGUUCAACUUGGAGUCUCUACAGUCAAACAUCAUUACCCGCUUCUGGACACAAGUGGAGGGUCUAUUUGUUACCAAGAUUAACAAGACAAAAGACACUGUUACCCAACAGGUUGAAAAAUUGCUCUCUUACAAGGGCGAAACCGGGUGGGCCCUUCUUAUUAAGGGCCCAUUUGUGGUGGCUGUUGGCCACGGAACCACGGUUUUGAAGACCGUGGCCGAGUUUGAGAAAUGGAAGGAGUUGGUGAUCAAGAAGGGAUUUGAGUUCGCCUUCAAAGAGUAUCUUGACAAGGUUUCUAGCAGCCUUCACAUUUGCUCCCACCUUCAGAUUCCUAACAUUAAUGGGAAAAUUCCAGACACCAUUGAGUGCCCAGAGUGUCACCGCACAAUGGAAGUGUUCAUCAGCUACAAGUGUUGCCACAAUGGAAAUACUACUGCAAAUGCUAGAGCAUUAAUCUGACUUCAUAGCACUUGAGCAUUGGCGCGCUUUGUAGUGUCUGUUUACUUGUAUUCUACUUGGAGUUUUGUCUGUCGUUGUUUUAGUGAGAUCGUUGUCUGUUCUGUGUACCAUUAUGCAAUGUAUAGCCAUGAGUCCUGCAUUGUGUCGUUGAUCAUUGUGAGAUCACAAAUGCAGCUAGAAUAAGGCUAUUUCUUGACUUUUGUUAUGGAAUCAUAUGAAUAAAGAGUGAAUUAAGCAUUAUGUCCUCAA